AUGGUCCUGCAGCUCUACCUGGACCUGCUCUCCGCACCCUGCCGUGCUGUCUACAUCUUUGCGAGGAUCAACAACAUCUCUUUCGAGUUCCAAUUUGUGGAUUUGCUCAAAGGUCACCACCACAGCAAGGAGUACAUCGAGAUCAACCCCCUGAAGAAGCUGCCCAGCCUCAAAGAUGGAAAGUUCAUCUUAUCUGAAAGUGUGGCGAUCCUCUGUUACCUAUGCCGCAAGUACAGUGCACCCUCUCACUGGUACCCUCCAGAUCUGCACACCCGUGCCCGUGUGGACGAAUUCAUGUCCUGGCAGCACACAGGCAUUCAGACACCCAUGACUGAGAUGCUCUGGAUCAAGCUGCUGAUCCCGAUGAUCACAGGCAAGGAAGCUUCCGAGUCCAAGGUAGAUGAGAUCACAUCAGAAGCAAAGAACUGUAUGCGUCAAUUCGAGGAGAAGUUUCUGAACAACAAAACAUUUGUCACCGGGGAGAAUAUAUCACUGGCUGACCUGGUGGCCCUAGAAGGAAUGAUGCAGCCCAUGGUUCUCAACUAUGACCUUUUCAGUGACAGCCCCAAGCUGGCUGAAUGGCGAGCACGGGUAGAGGCCUUCAUUGGCUCUGGCCUCUUCAUGGAGGCCCAUGAUCGGUUAAUGAAGUUGGGAGAAUGGGAUUGUUCAACGUUGGAUCCAACAGUCAGGGAUAGAAUCAGUGAGCUCCUAGAGAAGUACCAGUAA